AUGAUACUAAUAAAUCCCAUGAUUAGCAAAUGCUUGAUUAAUAGAAAUGUUGCUAGCAGACAUUGGUUUAAAUUAUUGGCCACCAGGUCUAUUACUACAUCUACCACAAAUUUCACCAACAAUAGUCUCGUGUACAAUUUGAACAACUACAAAAGUUCUUUUCCAGAAGAUUUCACGGUAAAUGAGGACAUCAGCAAAUAUAUCAACUUGAAUAAGCACAAACUAGAAACUCAGCUGUUAAAGAUUGGAAUAAUAUAUGCCAAUAAAGAGACUAAAACUAACUCGAAAUUAAUUGAAGCAUUAAUGGCUGAUCCAUUGGCUUCUGGUAAUGAAAUUUGGUUUGAUAAAAUUGCCAACAGAAAGUCUUUUGGGAAAUUUGUAUAUAACGAUGCACCCGAAGUGGAUGAAGAAAGCGGAGAGUUUGGAAUUCCUUCACCAAUACUAUCAGGCAACUACAGAAAUAAAUUUCAACAGCAAAUUGAGAUUGCCAAUGAUUUGAUUAUUGAAGAAGUUUCUGACGUCACAAACACUGGUGAUUAUAUUUUUUUAAUCAAUGUUUCAAACGAAUUAAAGAAUACAGAUUAUCAUAAAGACGUCAAGAAUAAAAUACUACUCAACGUUCUUGACAAUUGUGAAUUUACUCCUUAUAGUUCCGAAUCCACCCCAGUUACUUUUGCGACAAGCUCUCAUAGCCAUUUAAUUAAAAUAAACAGUCAGCUUGCUUACAAAGGUAUAACUGAAUUCAUAUCAAAAGACGUAAUGGCAACUGAUACGUUUAUUAACAGCAUGACGGACAGUAACAUUUAUGAACUAUACAAAGCUAUAAAUUGGUUUACUCAGACACUGGUGUUGGAAGAAUGGCUUUUACAUAAUAUAAAAUCCCAAAUCAAAGAACAAAUAUCCACUGCUGCUGCACCAGAAGAGAUUAAUGAUAUUUCCAAUAUGGAGAUUGCUAGAUUUACAGAUUUGGUUAAUACCGAAUUGCAAGACGAGUUUAAACCAAAAACAACCAAAUUCUUCCAUAAAAACCUCAUUUGGUGGAAAUUGUACUACAAAAAUGAUAAUGUGGAAUAUGAUAUAAAGGAUUUUUUUAUGAACCACUUUAUGAACAAAAGUAUAGAAAACUACAAUUACUUGAAAGGGAAAAUUAGUCUGGUUGACGCCGAAGUGAUUGACAAUCCAUUAUUGAAAUUGAAAAAUAAAGUGAUCAACAAACGUAUUGCUGAAGAAAUACAACCAUUUGUAUACCGUGCUUUGGCGACUGCAUUUUUAUAUUACCAACUCCCUAUAUCACUUAUAUCAUUUUGUGGUUAUCAAUAUUUUGGCUACGGCGCUAAUGAAUGUAUUGCAUUGACCACCCUAGGUUUAGUUUUAGGGUUUAACCAGGUUUCCAAAAUAUGGACUAACUUUACUGAGAAAUGGCUCAAUGACUUGUUUGAAGAAAUCAGGAUUUGUCUAGGGAAAGAGUGCAUCGAAGAAGGAUUACUCAAACAAUCCAAUCUUCAAUUGGACAAAGAUAUCAAGACCACACUUUUAAGACAAGAAAUCUUAAACGAAAUCAAUAAAGAUGCCACAGAUUAA